AUGGAGUACUCAAAGAGCUCCAGUGAAGAAGAAAGCGAUAUUCGAUCUGAGCAAAAUGAAGAUACAGGCACAGGCAGAUCCUACGAGUGUGUGUUUUGCAAAAGAGGCUUCACUACAGCACAAGCCUUGGGAGGACACAUGAAUAUCCAUAGAAGGGAUAGAGGAAAGCCAAGGUCUCCUCAUGUUGCUUCAGUCUCAAGCAGAUUAUCAGCUGAUGAAAGCUAUGGUGGCACUACUCUUAAACCAUAUCUACCAAUUCAAAGCUGCUACACAUCAUCAACACAUUAUUCCACGGCUGCUGAUGAUCAACAGGUAAAUGUAAAUAAUAAUUAUCAAAUAUCUUUUCCUGUAUCUGCAUGGAAUAAUAAUAAUCGCAUGAGACCCCCACAAACACAACAUAGUAGUAGUCAUCAUCAUGAGUUGUAUUCUGUACAAAACCCACUGCGUAUGAAUCUGGUUGAAGAGGAUUGGCAAAGAAGCCUAAGCAUGCAAGUUAAUCCAAGGCAUGUAGAUGAUGAUAGAGAAAAGACACAAGAUGGCAGUGAAGAAGAAGAAUUGGAUUUGGAGCUUCGACUUGGUCAUUAUCCAUAG